AUGGGUACUAAGAAUAGUAAAAUAACUUCACAAGAUCGUGCAAUUCUCGACUUAAAAAUUCAGCGUGACAAACUUAUACAAUAUCAAAAAAAACUUAUAAGUGUUUCUGAAAAAGAAACGGAAAUAGCAAAAAAAGCCUUGCGCAUUGGAAACAAACGUGGUGCCCUUUUAGCUUUAAAAAAGAAAAAAUAUCAGGAACAAUUGUUAAAAAAAACAGAUUCACAAUUAUUGAAUCUCGAGGAAUUGACUCAAUCAAUAGAAUUCGCGUUGGUUGAAAAGGAUGUAUUAAGCGGUCUAGAAUUAGGGAACAACAUUUUAAAGGAAAUUCAUAAAGAAAUGUCAAUUGAAAAAGUGGAAAAGUUGAUGGAAGAUACUGCUGAUGCUAUUUCUUAUCAAAAUGAAAUUGAAGAAUUGCUAAGUGGAAAGAUAACAAGUGAAGAUGAAGAUGAAAUAUUAGAGGAGUUGAGACAGAUUGAAGAGGAACAACUUGAAGAACAAUUUCCCGAAAUUCCUAAGACUCAACUUAAGAUUGCGGACGUAGAAAGUAAUUUAUUUUCUUAA